AUGGUGCCUCUGACUCCCGUCAUAACCGUUUCCUGUGAAAUGAAGAACGCAUUUCUGUUCUUUUCGGUCCUGGAGUUUGCAGUAGGGAUCUUAGUCAAUGCCUUCAUUGUCUCGGUGAAUUUCUGGGACGUGGUGAGGAGGCAGCCACUGAGCAACUGUGACCUUGUCCUGCUGAGCCUCAGCCUCACGCGGCUGUUCCUGCACGGGGUGCUCUUUCUGGAUGCCGUCCAGCUCACCCACUUCCAGAGGAUGAAGGACCCACUGAGUCUCAGCUACCAAACCACCAUCAUGCUCUGGAUGAUCAUAAAUCAAGCUGGCCUGUGGUUCACCACCUGCCUUAGUCUCUUCUACUGCUCCAAGAUUGUCCGUUUCUCUCGCACCUUCCUGCUCUGCUUGGCCAGCUGGAUCUCCAGGAAGACACCCCGGAUGCUCUUGGGUGCCGUUCUUUUCUCCUGCCUCUGCACUCUUCUUUGCUUAUGGGACUUUUUUAGUAGCUCUCACUUCUCAGUCACAACUAGGUUAUCAAUGAAUAACAAUACGGAGCUCAAUUUGAAAACUGCAAACCUCCGUUUCUCUCGUUCCUUCCUCUUCUGCAGCCUGGGGUCCAUCCCUCCUUUCUUGCUUUUUCUGGUUUCUUCCGGGCUGCUGAUUGCCUCCCUGGCGAGGCACAUGACGACAAGGAGGGCCCAAACCAGGGACUCUCGGGAUCCCAGCCUGGAGGCCCAUUUGAAAGCGCUCAGAACUCUCGUCUCCUUUUUCUGCCUGUACAUGGUGUCCUUCUGUGCCGCCGUAAUCUCGGUGCCUUUACUGAUGCUCUGGCACAACAAGAUUGGGGUAAUGGUCUGUGUAGGGAUACUGGCAGCCUGUCCCUCGGGACAUGCAGUCAUCCUGAUUGCCGGCAAUGCCAAGCUGAGGAGAGCAGUGGAGACCCUUCUCCUCUGGGCUCAGAGAAGCCUGAGGCUAAGGGUGGACCGCAAGGCAGAUCCCAGGACACCAGAUCUGAGCUGA